AUGAUGGCUGGUCGUGAAAACCCCGCUACCAAAUAUGAGGGACACCAGAAGCAUUUCCGAGGUACGCUUGUUGCUUUGAGACUCGGACGAGGACUGACGCUUUUUCAAGCGGAUAGAGGGAGGAGAUAUCAAGCAAAAAAUGAAGACUAUGUGGUGCGUAAACUUGUUUUCGUGAUGCCUGCAGACCAGGCAGAAAUCCAUAGACUAGAUACGCAACAUCGUGCAUUCAAAGAGCGCCAACUGGGCCGUAACUUCCUCGCACCUAUCGAUGAAGUUUUGAAUGACGGGAGCGAUUAUCGCAAGGGUGUUCUGGACAUUGGUACAGGAACAGGCAUUUGGGCAAGAGAGAUUGCCGCCGAAUAUCCCGACGCCGAUGUCAUCGGUCUCGACCUCUCUCCCAUGCAAUCUCGGAAGGGCGUGCCACCAAAUUGCAAAUUCGUCGUCCACGACGCUUCGAAGGGUUUCCCAUUCCCCACGGGAUUCUUCGAGGUGGUACAUUGUCGUCUGCUCAUGAGUGGUAUCAGAGACUGGAGGGCGUUCAUCGAUGAAGCUGUACGCGUCGUCCGACCAGGCGGUUUACUUGUCAUGGUCGAGUGCGAUGGUUGGCGUCAUCUGAAUUCUGGUACAGAGGAAGAGCAACGCGCUCUGGCGCCUGGUUUCUUCAAGUUACGAGAUUAUAUUAUCAAGGGCCUCCGCUUGCGCGGGCUAGACGCCGAAGCGGGUAGCACCACCGUACCCAAUCUCUUAAUGGCCCAUCCGGGAUUGGAAGAAUUCAACAAGGUGUAUGCACCAUUACCGAUGUGGCCUUGGAGUGACGAUCCUGUCUUACGUCGUGUGGGUGAACAUAUGUUAGUCGAUGCUAGGGAGCUACCUGAGGCAUGUCGAAAACUCGUAGUAGAUGUUUGCGAUAUCUCGAACGAUGAAUACAACCAGCUCGUUCGUGGAUGGAGAGACGACGUCGGGAAACCUGGAGUGACCUCUUUGUUCCCCGUAUGGCACAAUUGGGCAUUCAAAGCUGAAUGA